UUUUAACUUUUAGACAAACAACGAUUUCCAACAGUUAUAAGUAUCAAAUGAACUUCCUCCACAGUGACAACGCCGAGUCAUUUUUUAUGUUUUGAAAUCAAUGAAUACUCCUAAGCGAUCAAAUUUUCGUGGACGAUUUUUUAGAGGUAAAAGGUUUCCAUCAAAAAAUAAAGUUCAAAAUGAUACAAAUUAUAAACGAAAACCUGAUCAACCUAAAUCACCUCGUACAUGUAUUACUAGUUCGUCAGAAAAUGGAUUUUCUCAAUUAACCGAUUCAUUGGGGAUUGAUUCUAUUCACAGUGGAUUUCUUAAUCAAAAAGCAUUGCCAUUGGCUUCAUUUAACAAAAAUUGUCCUUAUCCUGGUUGGUUAUUAUACUUUCCUACUCGAUUGUAUGAAAAUUCAUCAAAAGUUUCGGCUUACUCGAAAACAAUACUUGAAUUUCUUACUGAUUUAAUUGAAAAAUCUGGUUAUAAUCUUUUAUCAACUCUUGAUACUAUUGAUAAUUUAACCGAUUUCAUUGGUAAUACAUUAGAUUGGAUAAAAAUUGAAACACAAGGUGCUGUACUCAUUGAUUACGCAUCAAUAAUUCAUUCAAAAUUAUUACAAGAUAAAUUAGAUAUUAAAAAAUAUUUUAAUGAUAAUAUAACUGGUGGUAUAGAAUAUGCAGAAUAUUAUGAAAUAAUAUUAAAAGCAUUUGGUUUAGCAUUGCAUACAUUAUGCUAUCGAUUAGCUUAUCAACAUGAUCCUAUUGUACCGGAUAUAUUUAAUCAAGUUGAUAAUGAAACAAACAGAGUAAAUUCACGUUUACCUGGUUAUAUUGCUGCACGUAUUGUCAAUCAUUCCCCGAUUACACCAUUGAGAAAAUUACGUGCUCAUCAUUUAGGACAAUUUCUAUCUGUGAAAGGUAUUGUUGUACGACUUGGUCCUAUUGUACCAGUAUGUCAUCGGUUAGUAUUUGAAUGUUGUCGUUGUGAAAUGAAACAAAUAUUAAUUCUCCCGGAAAAUGGUCAUUAUGCUUUACCAAAUAAAUGUUCAACAAAAGAUUGUCGAUCGAAAAGUUUCGAACCAUUAUUAAAUCAUCCAGAAACCUUAACGAUUGAUACACAAAUUAUUACAAUUCAAGAAGCAUUAGAUAAUCAUGAAGUUGAUGGAAAUCAUCGUGAUGGAUCAACUAGUUCAAAUGUUGCUACAUCGAUUGGUCGAAGUGCACGUUGUUUAGCAUGUCGAUUAGAACGUGACUUGAUUGAUUCAUGUAUACCAGGUGAUAUAUUACAUUUAACUGGUUUAAUCAGCCUUAUUAGUUCUGAUGGUUUAGGCGCAGCAUCCUCAUCAGGUUCGGCUUAUUCAUCAUCUUGGUCAAGUCGUCGUGGUGCAACUAUGUAUAGUUUCAUUAUGAAUGUCAAUAGUUUAAUAUGUUUAAGUGAUGCUGGAGGUAAUGGACGUCGUACUAGAAAAUCAAUUGGUGUAGAUAAUCAACGUUUAUUAAUUUUAUCAUCAAAUGAUUCGGAACAAUCUGAUAGUCAAUUAAAAACUAAUCAUGAUAUGGGUAAAGUGAUAUCUAGUAUAGAUAGUGAAUUUUCUAUUAAAGAUUUAUAUGCAAUACGUGAAAUAAAUGAACAGUCAAAUUUAUUUCGUUUAUUAGUUAAUUCAUUAUGUCCAAGUAUAUGUGGUCGUAGUUUAAUUAAAGCUGGUCUAUUAUUAGCUUUAUUUGGUGGUGGUGGUGGUACACAAUCGAUUACAAAUAGACGACGAACAAUAAAACGUCGUCUCCAGUCGAAACAACAACAACAACACCAAGCGCCACCACCUGAUCACAAUGAUCACCGUCGUCAACACCAAAUAACAAAAAAGAAGAAAAAGCGUGCCUCAAAUAAAACAAUGAAUCAUGUCAAUGAUUCUACAUCAUAUCGAUUAGGAGUUAGUCGAUUAGAUGACGCUGAUGAUGAUGAUGAAGAGGAGGAUGAAGCGGACGUGGCUGACAGUUCUAUGGAGGAGCAAGGGGAGGAGGAGGAUAGUCAAUCGGAUGAUCAUUCAUCAUUGAUUGAUGAGAAUAAGGAAAAUGAUAAUCAUGAUGAUAUUCAUUUAUCAGAUUAUACUGAGUUAAAUUGUGAAUCAAAUGUUAUUCGUCGUUCCGCUUCUCAUGUACUUAUUGUUGGUGAUCCUGGCUUAGGUAAAAGUCAACUACUACGAGCUGCAGCAAAUUUAGCACCAAGAGUUUUAUAUGUUUGUGGUAAUACAGCAACAGCUGCUGGUCUAACUGUCAGUACAAUACGUGAAGGGAAUAAUAGCGGUGGAGGUUUUGGUCUAGAAGCUGGUGCAUUAGUUUUAGCUGAUCAAGGUUGUUGUUGUAUAGAUGAAUUUGAUAAAUUAACAUGUGAUCCAGCUGUUCUGUUAGAAGCUAUGGAACAACAAUCUGUUAGUGUUGCACGUGGUGGUCUAGUCGCGAAUUUACCAGCACGUGCAGCUGUUCUAGCUGCUGCUAAUCCUGUCAAUGGUCAUUAUGAUAUAACACGACGAUUGGAUGAAAAUCUACGUAUACCACCGGCAUUAUUAUCAAGAUUUGAUUUAAUAUUCGUACUAUUGGAUCAUCCCGAUGAAAUAGCUGAUCGUCUUCUGUCAGAACAUGUUACAGCUAUUCAUACAGGCAAAUGGAAACCAACAAGUUUUAUGUGUUCCCAAACAAUCAAUCAAAAACCACCUCCACCAUCACAUAAUGAUGAUGACGAUGACCACCAGCCAAUGAAUAUCAAUCAUACUACUACUCCAACUGCUACUACUGAUGAAGAUGUUGGCAGUGUUGUGAUUGCACAAGAAUUCAAUGCGAAUAUACCAUUAAAUCAACGGCUAGAAUUAAAUGUUGGCGAAAAAAUCGAUUAUAUCCCUCCAGUAUUAUUACGUAAAUAUAUUAUGUAUGCUAGAAAAUAUGUUAUGCCAUGGCGGGGCUUUGAGAUAUUUUUCGGUUACGAUCCUAAUUUGGGCCCAAGUAUAGAAAUGACAACCCCUGCUCAAAGACGACUUCUGCGUGAUUUGAAACGCCUACAGUCCGAUCCGCCUCCUGGUAUUUGUGGCUCUCCAGUUGAAGACAAUGUUAUGGUUUGGAAUGCUGUUAUUUUUGGACCGGACGACACUGCUUUCGAAGAUGGGACAUUUAGGCUUCGUCUAGACUUUACAGAAGACUAUCCUAACAAGCCUCCUAGAGUUGUAUUCACAUCUAAAAUGUUUCAUCCUAAUGUGUAUACGGAUGGUAGUAUAUGUCUAGACAUCCUUUCCAGUGCAUGGAGUCCUACUUAUGAUGUUCUAGCCAUAUUAACAUCUAUUCAGUCCCUUUUGGAUGAACCGAAUCCUAACUCUCCGGCUAACAGUAUGGCAGCUCAACUUUAUGUGGAAAAUAGACGUGAAUAUGAGAAACGCGUUCGUGCUUGUGUUGAAGAGAGCUGGUACGAGGAAGAUGUGUAA